AUGUCUCCAGAACGAAAGAAUGUACCAUAUGAUUGGUAUAGUUUAAAACAAAAAGAAUGGGCAGGUAAACAACAUUCAGAUACAGAAAAACUUAUACUAACUCUCUAUAACAAGGACUAUUAUGUUAUUUAUUAUAGAAAUCUACAACAAUAUAUAAAGGAAGGAUAUGUUCUUGAAAAAGUAUAUCGAAUUCUAGGUUUUGGACAAUCACCAUGGUUGGAACCAUACAUUGCAAUAAAUACUCAACGAC